GGCGAACGCGCCGUAAUCAGUAUCGAAUCGAUCCUCUUCGGUGGAAGGUGAUUAUUUGACAUCGUUUUUUCUUUUGCGUUGUCGCACGGCGACCUGUUUUCUACGAGCUCUAAGAAUCCAAUCGCGAGAGCUAUGUCUGAGGCGUACUUCGACGAGUACGAGCACUUCAACUACUCUUAUGACAAGCACAUUUUCACCGCGCACGGUGGAAAGCAGAGGAGCAAACGCGAAGCCGUCACACAUACCAAUCACUUUGACCCGAGCGGCCAUUCCAGAAAGAUCCUCACCAAGCUGAUGAAUACUGAGCAUAACAAACGGCAGACCGGCAAGAACAAGGUCUAAUCUGCGAAGAUUACGCACGUUCCUAUCUUCGUUGUCAAGUUGGAUCUCAUCUCACAGGACUUACCUAUCGCCUAAAAUGACUGGAAUAAGAAAGAAAUAUGCGUUAUACCGUCGAGAAAUUGCAUUUAGCAGUAGAUUCUUAUAUAAUUCUCAAACGGAUCGGAGCACGGUAGCUUGUGCUCCACUUCAUCUUCAUUUAUAUGUUAGAAGCACGGAUCCCCACGUUAUUUAUAAGAGUACAAAGUAACGUACAUCGUACUUCGAUUACUGCUUAUUUCGUAUGAAUCUGAAAUAUGACUUUUUUGUCAUUUUUAUAUAUACAUAUAUAUAACAUAGUACGAUGAUAUUAUUGUGUGUAUCCAGAAGUAUAACGCUCACUGAACCGCUAAGUAACAGUGACUAAUGAAUUCAAAAAUAAAAAUCACAUUUGAUUGUUACUUAGCCGCUCAAUGAGCGAUCAUGCUUCUGGAUGCACUCAUUUGUAUUGAUUUUCGUGUGCUAUUAUAUUAAAUGAUUUUAUUAAUAUAAGCUAUGGUUAUAUAAUUAAACUUGCUUUUUUUUAUUCCUAUAUCAUUAGAUUUAAAUGAUCGGUAAAUCGUUAACUAGAGUUUUUUUUUUUGGUGCGUGUUUUCGCGCACGUCGCAUACGAGCAAUUAUCGCUAAUCGAAUGAGAUAUAUGUCUUUGUUAUCGUUCGUUUCUUACGACGAAUAAGAAUUGUAUCGCGACGUGUUGCAGAAAACACUCAC